AUGACCCACGCUUCUUUCAUAGUGAUGAGAAAAAGCAGCAUCGACCGGAAAAGCUUGAUCCAUAGCAGCUCAGUCUGCCUCGAGCAAUAUUUCUCCAGCCGUGCAUCGGAUCAGAGAUCCCUUAGUGUGUUUCGUGAGAUCAUCACAGUUCCCUUGUUAACCGAUAAGUGUCAAAGGGUUCAGCCUUUCGAACGGAAGCGAGCGGAAAAUUCCCGUUUCCCUUCCAGCAGGUUAGCUGUCUGGUCACAUGACAUACACACAGCUACAACUGCCGCCAAAAUAGCCACUCUUACUCUUUUUUAUCUUUUUUUACUCCAUCUUCUUUUUCUUUAUGCCUUUUUUUUUCUUCGUUUUAAUAUUUGUCCUUCCCUUGUUAAGAUACCAAUCACAUUAUAUCUCUAUUCUGUCUGUUAUUUCCUUUCUUUCUUCUUCGACGUUUUUAAAAUGUCCCCACAUUGCAUUAUACUUAACUCAGUACUAUCUAUCUAUCUAUCUAUCUAUCUAUCUAUCUAUCUAUAUUCUGUUCGUAUCUAUCUAUCUAUCUAUCUAUCUAUCUAUCUAUCUAUCUAUCUAUCUUUAUUCUGUUCGUAUCUAUCUAUCUAUCUAUCUAUCUAUCUAUCUAUCUAUCUAUCUCUUCCCAUUCUAUUCGUAUCUAUCUGUCUAUCUAUCUUUAUUUUGUGCGUAUCUAUCUAUCUAUCUAUCUAUCUAUCUAUCUAUCUAUCUAUCUCUUCCUAUUCUGUUCGUAUCUAUCUAUCUAUCUAUCUAUCUAUCUAUCUAUCUAUCUAUCUUUAUUCUGUUCGUAUCUAUCUAUCUAUCUAUCUAUCUAUCUAUCUAUCUAUCUCUUCCAUUCUAUUCAUCUAUCUGUCUAUCUAUCUUUAUUUUGUGCGUAUCUAUCUAUCUAUCUAUCUAUCUAUCUAUCUAUCUAUCUAUCUAUCUCUUCCUAUUCUGUUCGUAUCUAUCUAUCUAUCUAUCUAUCUAUCUAUCUAUCUAUCUAUCUAUCUAUCUAUCUAUCUUUAUUCUGUUCGUAUCUAUCUAUCUAUCUAUCUAUCUAUCUAUCUAUCUAUCUAUCUAUCUAUCUUUAUUCUGUUCGUAUCUAUCUAUCUAUCUAUCUAUCUAUCUUUAUUCUGUUCGUAUCAUCUAUCUAUCUAUCUAUCUAUCUAUCUAUCUAUCUAUCUAUCUAUCUUUAUUCUGUUCGUAUCUAUCUAUCUAUCUAUCUAUCUAUCUAUCUAUCUAUCUCUUCCCAUUCUAUUCGUAUCUAUCUGUCUAUCUAUCUUUAUUUUGUACGUAUCUAUCUAUCUAUCUAUCUAUCUAUCUAUCUAUCUAUCUCUUCCCAUUCUGUUCGUAUCUAUCUAUCUAUCUAUCUAUCUAUCUAUCUAUCUCUUCCAAUUCUGUUCGUAUCUAUCUAUCUAUCUAUCUAUCUAUCUAUCUAUCUAUCUAUCUAUCUAUCUAUCUAUCUAUCUCUUCCCAUUCUGUGCGUAUCUAUCUAUCUCUUCCCAUUCUGUUCGUAUCUAUCUAUCUAUCUAUCUUUAUUUUGUUCGUAUCUAUCUAUCUAUCUAUCUAUCUAUCUAUCUAUGUCAGCCUUAUCUAUCUAUAACAUAA